UCAUUAAAUAAACCGCAUGGCAGAGACAAAAUCUCAUCGGUUUUUCCAUAAAAUCCAUAAUCCAACCCUGACGUCAUAUCGGACGCCGACGCUGCGCUAGCGUCGCGGCGCCUUUAAAAUAACAUUCUGUAACAUUUUAGUCAUAUCCGAAAUGUUCCGAUAUUCAUUCUUGCAGUAUUGAUAGUUUAAUUGUCGCUCGAAAGUAGCUAACUAUUGGAAGUACAUACAUCAAAGAGUUCCUGUGCAUCAAAUAAAUUCACUAUGCAAAAUUGAUACAAUUUCGGGAUCGCAUUGCUACUAAAACAACCAUUUUUUUUCAUUUGAAGCAGAAGAAAAAUAUAAAUUUUUCUUCAAAACCGAAGAUAUUUGUUGAACAUAUGUUUAACGUUCGAAUGGAAGGGUUUCGAUUUUCAUCCCAACUGUUCAUCUUGUUGAUUGCUGUUUGCAUUGGAGUUUCAAGUGGUUUCGAGUUCAAACAUCAUGAUAAUCAAGAGCUGUUUAAUGUUUUGAGGGAUGUCAACAUAAAAUGCAAGAACAUUACUAGAGUGUAUGCCCUAAAUGAAGGGUCAGUGCUGGGCAUUCCUCUCUAUGUGAUUGAGUUUUCUACAAAGCCUGGCCGUCACGAAGUCUUAAAACCGGAAUUUAAAUACAUCGCAAAUAUGCACGGGAAUGAAGUUUUGGGUAGGGAACUUCUUCUGAAAUUGGCUGAUUAUCUUUGCGAUGAGUAUCGAACUGGGAAUCCUCAUAUCAAGGAAUUGAUCGAAACCACUAGGAUUCAUUUGAUGCCCAGUAUGAAUCCAGAUGGUUGGCAACUGGCUACUGAUACAGGCGGUCAUGAUUAUUUAAUUGGCAGAACCAACAAUAAUUCCGUGGAUUUAAACCGAAACUUUCCAGAUUUGGAUCGAAUCGUUUUCGACAAUGAAUAUGAAAACAGUGACAAAAAUAAUCAUUUACUUGAACAACUUACUAAACUGAAUGAUCCGUUACAACCUGAGACUCGAGCAGUGAUUCGUCUAAUAAUGCAAAUUCCCUUUGUCUUGAGUGCAAAUCUGCAUGGGGGAGACUUAGUGGCUAAUUACCCUUAUGAUGAAAGCCGAUCAGGAAGUCAGUCUAAUGAAUAUGCUGCUACUCCCGAUGACGAAACAUUUAGGCAUCUUGCUUUGGCAUACUCUUCGAGACAUCCGGAUAUGGCCAGCCAGCACAGAAAAGGGUGUGUGGAUUCGCAGUUUGCAAAACAGGGCGGCAUUACUAAUGGGGCUCAAUGGUACAGUUUACAAGGAGGAAUGCAGGAUUUCAACUACUUAUCAAGCAACGAUUUCGAACUGACUCUGGAAUUAGGAUGCGAGAAAUAUCCACCACCAGAAGAUUUGCAGUUGGAGUGGGAAAGAAACAAAGAGGCUCUAAUAAAUUAUAUUUGGCAGAGUCAUAUUGGAAUCAAAGGAGUGGUGUAUGAUGCUAAAACUAAACAACCCAUAAGUAAUGCAAUAAUUCAUGUCGCCAAUGUAACUGGCGUUGAGUCGAUCGAUAUCAAGCAUGAUAUCACAUCAGUUUAUGGCGGGGACUACUACCGACUUCUAACUCCAGGCACUUACAAAGUGACUGUUUAUAAGGACGGGUAUGUUCCUCAUACCAAACUAGUGACCGUGACAAAUCCUUCAUUCACUCAGGCUUUAAGAGUCGAUUUUCCCUUAAAGGCAACGCACGGCCACCAUAAUAACAAUCACAAGCAUCCAUUUCAUUCAUCGAAAGUAAUAAUUUUAUUCAACCGAAAAUUGAGGACCAAUAUGCCGCGCGUAAUAGAGACUGGGCCACAUGGGUGGAGGAAAGAGAGCCAAUUUUAGAACCAAUCGCCAUUGCGUAAAUGAAUUGGAGUAAGCCGGAUACAUGUUGAUGAUAAGAAAAAAAUAAAAAACGUAUCAUAUCGUCUUAAUAGUUUAUUUUGAAAAAUGCAACCAUAAUCGCGUUGAGAAUAGAGGAAUAAGUAUAAAGUAUUACCUUUUGCUAGAUCUAGUCAAUACUAAAACAUGUUAAAUUACGAAGUUAGGGAUUUAUGUAGCAAAUGUGGCUAAAUUAAUAUGAGUACGGUUUUAAUUUGCUAAUUUUUCAAUAAAAAUUGAUUGAAAAAUGAUUGAAUAAAAUAAUUUUUUCUUAUAUGUAUUGUUAAAACUAUUUUUUUGAUGCAAUUCAUUAUUACUUUUCACCGCCACUUUGUGGAAUCCAUGUCUUUUACAUAUAAAUUUGUACUUUCCAAGAUGCCAAAUUCCAAAAUAAAAUGGCCAAUCCAUAAAUAAAAUUGUUGUGAUAGUACUUAUUACUGACUAGCAAAGUAAGGAUUAUUUUAGAUAGAAUAAUUCAGAUAAGACAAUGUAAUAUCAAAGACAAAAUAAAAUGUUACACAAUG